AUGACAGGGAGGUUACAACGCGAGGAAGGCGUGAUAAAGGCAGCAUUCCGAUCUUUCACACCGAGGUCCUCUUCCCCUACAGUAGACGAGGAGCAGUACCAGCACGACCCCGUCUUCCAUUGGAUGAUGCAUCUCAAGGAGGAUUCCAUCGAUGGGUUGAGGAGAUGGAUAUCAAUAAAGAUGGUCGCAUCGACUUUGAAGACUUCCGACUCUGGUUGGCUGGCCAUCAUCAUCAGCAAGCCAGCAUCAAGUCAUGACCAGGGGCUGAGACCUGAUAGAUCACCCCUCCACCUCCCACACAUGGCUCUCAUGACGAUCGAUGCUGGGAAGUCGGAUGUCGUCGCUGCGGCGGCGGCGGUUGAUGCUGCCUCGACUACUUCGUCGUUAUCAACAUCCUUGCCGAAGCAGCUCACCAAGGCACUACCAUCACAGACCGACGAACUUGACAUGGACCUUGGACUCCUCGAGAGGCUUGCUAUCAAUGUACUAAAGCGAGGCAAUGUCCCUAAUCAUGUCGCAUUCAUAAUGGACGGCAAUAGGAGAUAUGCUACCUCCCAUCAUCUACCCAAAGUACAGGGUCAUCGAUACGGUUAUGAGAAGCUCUUGCAGGUUCUAAAGUGGUGUCUCCAUCUUGGUGUGAAAUACGUGUCCGCCUACACUUUUAGUGUUGACAAUUUCAACCGAUCUCGAGAAGAAGUUACUUACCUGAUGGAUCUGGCCAGCAGCAAGUUUGUCGAGUUGGGCAAGCAUAAUGGUUUUUUGGAGCAGCACGGUAUCUGUGUAAAGUUCUGGGGCGAUUUGUCUCUACUGCCAACAGACAUUCAUCAGAAAUGUAUACAAUUGGAAGAGAAGACCAGGAAGUAUCCUGCAAGGGCCACGCUGAACCUCCUUUUCUCGUAUUCGAGCAAGUUAGAGAUAUCACAGGCUGUUGACAAAGCGAUUGAAAAAAAGAGAGCUGAGCAACAACAAUCACAAGGUACCCCUCUAGCAUGGUCGGAUAUUGAGAGCCAGUUAUACAGUGCCGGUACUCCUCCUCCUGAUCUCAUCCUACGUACAUCAGGCGAGACUAGAUUGUCGGAUUUUCUGCUAUGGCAGAUAUCACCAGAGACUUUGAUAUGUUUUGUCAAACCCAACUGGCCCGACAUGACUCUUCUCGAUUUUGCACGAUGUUUGAUGAAAUACGAUACGUUCAAGUCAUCCCUGCCCCCGUCAGCAGCUCAUCAGGAUUAAAUCUUGUAGACUAAAACCG